AACCCAGGUACACAACAGUAUCUUCUCAGAGCGGUUCUCCACUCCUGACUUCUCCCCAGCCUUGAGAAUAGAUAACGCACUUUUACUGGUCCUAAUAGAGUGUGGAAGAAGGCUUUGGACAGAACAGAAAACAGGUUCCGUGGGAGGGAACACAGUUUGGGAGACACCAUGGCCAGCUGUCAACUGCAGCCGCAGCUUGAGGAGAGGAGCCCCCAGCCUAGCAUCUCGGGGUAUCCCCUCCUGGAGGUGACAGAUGAUGAACUGCCAGGACCAUCAGUCCCUUGGGUAGAUCCCGGCACCCCGAGUGAGUUCCUUUACUGGAACAUGAAGAGCGAGUGGUCGGACGAAUCUGAGGAGGAGCCCGAGGAGGAGACAGACAAGAAGCCUGAGGAGACCUGGGUGCUGGACCCCCUGUCUGGGCUCAAGACUGAGUUAAAGCAAGAGCCAGUGUCACCCAUGCCCCCUGAGGACUACAAGGCUUUCAACAGGCUGCCUGAUUCCAGCCCGCCUAAUUUCCUUCCUUGGCAAAAGAAGAGGGACUGGUCGGAUGAAUCGGAGGAGGAGCUGGAGGAGGAGACAGGGAAGGAGUACACCCCUGAGCCUGAGGAGACCUGGGUGCUGGACACCCUGUGUGGGCUCAAGAUGAAGCUCAAACGACAGCGAGUGUCACCCGUGCUGCCUAAGCGCUAUGAGGCCUUCAACACGCUGCUUGGUCCCAGUUCGCCUUGGAUCCUUUGCCGUAAAAGGAAGAGGGAGUGGUCGGAGGAAUCUGAGGAGGAUCCUGAGGAGGAGUCAGGGAAGGAGUGUACCCCCGAGCCUGAGGAGACCUGGGUGCUGGAGAGGCUUCAGGGGCUCAAGAUGAAAAUUAAGCGGCGGCGAGUGUCAACCGUGCUCCCUGAGCACCACCAGGCCUUCAACAGGCUGCUUGAGGAUCCUGUCGUGAAAAAAUUCCUGGCCUGGGACACAUAUCUGCUGGCAUCCGACAAGUACCUGCUGGCCAUGGUCAUAGCAUAUUUUAGCCGCGCCGGCCUCUUCUCCUGGCAGUAUGAACGCAUUCAUUUCUUCCUGGCUCUCUACCUGGCCAAUGACAUGGAGGAGGACAACCAGGGCCCCAAACAAGCCAUCUUCUACUUCCUGUAUGGGAAGGACCGCUCCCAGCAACGAUUAUUCCAGAAGCUUCGGUUCCAGUUCUUCUGUUCCAUGCGCUGCAGGGCUUGGGUUUCCCCGGAGGAGCUGGAGGAGAUCCACGCUUAUGACCCAGAGCACUGGGUGUGGGCACGAGAUCGUGCCAACUUUUUAUAGAACUACAGCACCGUGGAGGCCUGAGGUCAUCGGCCUGAGAGAAGGUAUGUCUGCAUCCCCCGGAGUCAAGGCAGAAUAUUGUGUCUAUUUAGGAAAUCCGAGGAACCCAAUUGCUUGAUCCAGCUUCAAGCCUGGGCAACUUGGCGAGAUCGACUCUCCACAGAAAUUCACAAAUUAGCUGGGUGAUGUGGGAGGCAUCUCUAUUCCCAACUACUCAGGAGGCUGAGGAAGGAGGAUUGCUGGAGGCUGGAACACUGAGGCUGCAGGGAGACCUGAUCCUGCCACUGUACUCCAGCCUGGUCGACACAGUGAGACCCUGUGUCAAAAUUGAUCAGAAAUACUGAGUUCCGGGAGGUUCAUUAGGACUGACACACUUGAAUGACCUAUUUGGGUUGAGGAUUCAGUGAAGAUUCAGUUUAUAUCUUGUGCAGCUAACCACGUUGAGGAUUCAGCAUGAGACUUCAACAUUACGAAGUAGGAUUAUGGAUUAGGCUCCGGGACUCGUGGUUCGUGAUGUUGUCACAUUAGAACCGUAUCUAGCCUGGUUACCAGUUUAGAUCUUAAGUGACAUGAAAGGCCCACAUGUGAUGAAGUCUAAAGCCUCAUUGUCUGAGGGUGCUCUACUCCCUGGGCAGACCCACACAAAGUCCCGGCAAGGAAAUAGAUAACUGGGGAUGGCCUUGGGUGUAUUAAGUGAGUUUUGGAGUCGGGGUCACCAAAGUGUGCGUAUCACAAUUGAACAGCAGGCUAGAGAAUGAAGGGCAGGAGAUGAAACUGGAUUGAUCAAUCGCUCUGAACUCUAGUUAGAAUUGACAUGAGACGUGAAUGACCUUCCUAGAGAACUGCUACCUUGAAGCCUGACCUCCUCUCUCACUUCCAGAACACCGGGCCCGGGGAGAUGCGGAUUUUCAGCACGAAGUUUAUUCCAAUGCAAAUGACAGACAGACACCAGGAAGGAGGAGAGGAGCCAUUUGUGCAGAUCAUCUAGAAGAACCUGGACUGUUCUAGAAAGAGCUCAAUAGCGUGACCACGCUGUCCUCCUAGGGGUGGAGGGGCGGGGAGACGGUACUUCUAGGAGUCUGUGGAGGACAGUGAGAAACCAGGGGUGUUUCUGGUUCCACCCCUUCCUGCGGCACCACCUCCCUUUUUAUAUUGCUGAAUUCCAGCCUCUCCAGGAGCAUCUGAGGGCACAGUACAGGCACUCAGAUUGGCACAGAAUUAUUUGUAAAGUAUGAGUGCCGUCGGAUUGUAACAGGUAGCUUCAUGCAUACUAUGCAUUUUUGUGGUUUUGGAAGUGUUGGCCAUUGAAUUAUUCCUAUGUUUAUUUCAAAUAGUUUGGAAAUUGUUUUACUUUUGAAAGCUUGCUGUUCCUGUAGAGUUUUUGAUGAGAAUUAUAGCUGUUACAUAUACAGAAAUAGUUUUCUUUUUUUAAGAAAAAAUUGUUUAUCCUAAAUCUUUUAUUAAAUUGUUUUAUCUAUUAUGAUAUGUGCUCCUGAAGCGAGCACUCUUUAUCUAUGAUACUUACAUGAUAGUCUAUUAUAUUUAUAGCUAUGUGGUAGUUCCCGUAAAUCUUCUAAUAGAAAUUUUUAAUUCCUGUUUAGUGUUAGUUACUGAAUUGUGAGAAUUCAAUGGUGAUUUUUAACAUGUCUUAGAUAUAUUGUAAUAUGUUUAAUAUAUACUAUACAUUUUAUUGGUUUAUUUUGAAAAAGAUGGGCAUAGAAUUAUUACUACAUUUAUUUAAAGAGUUUGGAAAUACUGUUUUUGAAUAGAUGCUGUUUCUAUAAAGUUGUGUGAUGGGUGUUAUAGCCAUUACGUAUAUAUAAAUACAAUUUUGUUUUCCUUUUUAAGAGAGGAUUCUUUCUAUCCUAAAGCUUUUAUCUGCCAACAUUUUUAUCUGUUAUUACACGUACUCCUGACGCGAGCCCUCUUUUUAUCUAUGAUACUUACUUAAUAUAUCUAUUACCUGUAUAGCUAAGUGGUGGUUCCCCUAAAUGCUUGUAAAAAUAAAUUUGGAUUUUAUGUUUAGUGUAUGAUUUGAAAUGUGAGAAUUCAGAUGUAAUUUUUUACCUUCUAUUGACCUGUUUGUAAAUUACCUUGAAGAGGAUGUGUGUUUUGAAGGAGGCCAUGAGCUGUGUGUUUUCAAGGGAACCUGUGCAUCUCCUGGGAAACCUAGUAAACAUGAAGUUUUCUCGUCUUCACAGUGAGUGCGAUCAGAUUGCUCCAGAUGGCUUAUUUGCCGUCAAGUGACAUUUUUCCUUAAUGAGGUUUUGGUUAUUUGAAUGUAUUUAUUGGCUCUGGAAGAUAAUUCUGUAUUUUUUUUUUAUAUAGAAAUAACAUAAGUCUGGAAACAGUGCUCACACCUAUAAUCCAGCACUUUUGGAGGUUAUGGAGGGAGGAUCACUUGAGGCCAGGGGUUUAAGACCAGCCUGGGCAACAUAGCAGCUACAUC